AUGAGUACUUCUGGGCAAGCUUUUUCCUCGUGGAGCAGAGAAGAUAACAAGGCGUUCGAGAAGGCAUUAGCAAUGUACUCUGAAGACCGUGAUAAUCGAUGGGGGAAGAUCGCGCUUAAAAUUCCUGGAAAAACAAUGUAUGAGAUUAAACGUCAUUACGAUCUUUUAGUUGAUGAUCUUAGGCGCAUAAAUUCUGGUUUCGUCCCUACACCCAAUUACGACUUAAUGGGUUAUGUAGAAAGACCCAUACCAUCAUGGGCAAACCGUGCCCAUCAAAAUAGUCUCCCUUGGACACCGAAUGAACACAGAUUGUUUCUAUUGGGGUUGGAAAACUGUUUAAAGGAUGAUUGGCAGAGCAUAUCUCGUAACUUUGUAAUCACAAAGUCAUCGUCUCAAGUUGCGAGUUACGCACAAAAAUACUUUUUCAGUGAGAAUUCUAACAACAAAGAAAGGAAUCGAUUGAGGAUCGAUGAUGUCACUGUGAAUUCAAGAGUUGGAGCUGCUUCGCGACCUCAUAACUUUGAAUCCAAUUUCACAGAUGGCUGGAAUCACAAAGAACCUUCCUCCAGCUCCAGCUCCUCCUCCUCCUCAAAGCCAUUAGUGUGA